AUGCCCAUUUUUGGUGAUCAUACACUCACAGCAGUUACUAUUAAAAUCAACCAAUUAGUAGAGCAUAAAAAUGAUGAAGUGGAGGAUUCAAUGGAGUUAUAUUUAUCAGAUCUACUUGGAUUAAUAAAUGUUCAACGUCAAACAGGAGCAACUGAAGCAGCGAGAGCUAUUAGAAAGAAGAUCAAGUAUGGUGAUAGUGCACAGGAACAAAUCCGGGCACUACAACUCUUGGAGCUUUUGGUGCUCAAUUCUGGUACCAAGAUUGGUCCGAUCAUUGCUCGUGACGAUAAGUUGUUGGAUGUAUUGAAGGGGAUUAUUAAUGGCCACGGUAAAACAGGUUCUGGAACCAGCUAUCACCCAAAGGUUAAAAAGACUGUGAUCAACAUGGCCAUUGGAUGGAAAUCCGAACUUGAUGGCUUGAAGGGGUAUCAGUACAUGCAAGGCUUGUACAAGACGAUUCCAGGCAUGAAGAAGCUUUCUAAAACUUCGCGCUCAGUUAGUGGCAGUGGGUCCAGACGAGGUAAUAAUGAUGAUGAUAAUGAUUAUGCGUUGGACGAGGACUCUGAUCCAUAUGGAGAUGAUCACGCCUAUGACGAUGAACGUUCAAUUUCAGAAUCACCUAAACCCUCCAAUUCGAGGUCACCAAAAGUGCCUCCUCCUCGCCCUACUACAGCUUCACCAUAUUCAAUCAGAAAUAAAAAUUCGUCAAGUAAGAGAGAAAAAUCAAAAAAGAAAAAGAAGAGAUCAAAGAAUGGUAUUGUUUAUGCCGAUUCUGAAUACGGUAUUCCACAGAUCAACUACAAAUUGGAAGCUCCGAAGAUCAGACAGGUAUUGACUGAAUGUAAUGAUUAUUCAAUCUCUUUAAACAAUCAAUUGUUGCAACUUGCGCCGGAUACUUUACCUCAAGAUGAUGACGAGAUUAUGAAGAAUUUUCAAAAAUGCAAAAAGAUUAGACGCAAGAUAUUAAAGUAUUUGCAAUUUGUUGGUGCAGGAGACCCUCUGGAGAAAUCACUGGAAGUUGCAAAACAAGAUGAGGAGUUUUUAGCGAAGUUGAUUUACGCCAAUGAACAACUAGUUGAAACAUUCAAAAAGUUUGACAUCAAAGCAGGGCACUCACAAGCUAACCCAGCUCCUGCUGAAGAAGAAGAAUUGAGCGAAAGCGAUGAGAGUUACUACUCAACUGAUGAUGAGGAUGAAGAGGAAGAGGACGAAAUACCAAACGAAGAUCUGAUUGCUGCAAGAUUGCAAUCGAUUACGUUAGAGAACAGGCGACCACCACCUCCAGUUCCACAACUGUCCAAACCUGCUGGUAAGGAUCAACCACAGCUGAGUGGUGAGCUUGAACGACCUAGUCUUUCCAAAAUGGAAACUAGCGAAUCCUUAGGAGACCCAUUCGGUGAUAAGAAUACAGUUGACAAAAACAACUCCGUCUACUAUUAA